AUGAGCUUUGAACAGUUAGCUGCUCAACAAGAAUACCCUCAAUGGAACCAGUCUGCAGAAGAAGUUUUGACACUCGCUAAAGAGCUUGCACAAAACGAAACGAAAUUGUUUGACCAAAUUGCCAAUGUUGACAACCCAACCGUGGAGAACACUUUGCUCCCAUUGGCUAAAUUCUUUAAUGAAAAUAGCUUUUUGGAAAACCAAUUGAGUUUUUAUCAACAUGUUUCCGCCAAUAAAGAGUUGAGAGAUGCAUCAACCAAAGCUGAACAAUUGUUGGAUGAAAAUUCAAUCGAGCAAUGGUCUAGAGAAGAUGUAUUUAAAUCUUUUGAUCAGCUAAACAAAAGUUUGAAUAAGAAUGAAGAUGGUAAGGGAGUUGAACAGGUAUCAAUUUCUAGAAAGGGCAAAGACUUGAAUGCAUUGGAUGCGGAAACAAAGAGAUAUUUAUCAAAAGUCCUUACCACAUUCAAAAGAAAUGGGUUGGCUUUACCUAGGGAGAAAAGAGAGAAAGUAAAGAAAUUGCAAGUAGAGUUGAGUAACUUGAAAGUUCAAUUUUCCAAAAACCUUAACGAGGAUGAUGGUCAUAUCUUUUUUGCCGAGGAUGAGCUCGUGGGUGUUCCAGCUAACAUUUUGGAGCAGUAUGAAAAGGUUGAAAAAGAUGGCCAAUCUAAAUGUAAAGUGACAUUCAAGUAUCCUGAUAUUAUUCCAGUCUUUAGAUAUGCCAAGUUAUCCCAAACGAGAAAAACAGCAAACCUCGCUUAUGGUAAUCGUUGUUCUGAGAAUGAUCCAAUAUUGACUGAAAUCAUCAAGGUCAGAUAUGAGAUUGCUAAAGAAUUAGGCUAUGAAGCAUUUUCUGAUUAUGUUUUGGAGGAGAGAAUGGCCAAAACUACCGAUACCGUUUUAAACUUUUUGCAAGAUUUGAAAUCAAAACUUGGUCCGGUUGCUGAAAAAGAGUUGAGUGAACUCAAAGAAUUGAAAAAAGCCGAACUUGAGGCCAAUAACUUACCUGCAGAGGAGAAUACAUUUUAUGCAUGGGAUUUUAACUAUUACCACGAAAGAUUGUUGAGCGAUAAGUAUCAGGUCGAUAAUAACAGAAUAGCCGAGUAUUUCCCAUUGGAGUCAACGAUUGGAAAAAUGUUAGGGUUUUAUGAAAAAAUUUUUGACAUCAAAUUUACCAAACUCGAACCUCUGCCUGAACAAGUAUGGCACGAGGAUGUUCAGCAAUAUGCCAUCUUUCAAAAUAUCAAGUCAGGAGAUAAUGUUGAGUACAUGGGCUCUAUCUACUUUGAUUUACAUCCAAGACCUGGAAAGUAUGGACACGCUGCAAACUUUGGGUUAGGUCCAGGCUAUUUAAAAGAAGAUGGCAAAACACGUCAUACUCCAGUUACAGCGUUGGUUUGUAAUUUUACAAAGCCGACAAAAGAAAAACCCUCUUUGUUGAAGCAUGAUGAAGUGGUGACUUUUUUCCAUGAGUUGGGACAUGGAAUCCAUAACAUCUUGUCUCAAACCAAAUAUGCUCGAUUCCAUGGAACUAGUGUUGAAAGAGAUUUUGUUGAAACCCCUUCGCAGAUGUUGGAGUACUGGUGUUGGUCCAAAAAUGAACUCAAGAGCCUCUCGUCACAUUACAAAACUGGCGAGCCUAUCGAGGAUUCACUAGUUGAUCAGUUGGUCAAAACGAAGCAUGUUGAUACUGGGUUGUUCAACUUGAGGCAAUUAUUUUUUGGCUUGUUUGAUAUGAGUUUACACACAAUUAAGACCAAAGAUGAGUUGGAUAAAUUGGAAUUGUACAAAACGUGGAAUGAACUCAAGGACUCGGUGACUCUACUUCCAAGUGACAACAAUCCUACUAAAGGUUAUGCCUCGUUUGGUCACAUUGCCGGAGGAUACGAAAGCGGUUAUUAUGGAUACUUGUAUUCUUUGGUAUUUGCAGCAGACAUCUAUUACACACUUUUCAAGGCCGACCCAAUGAAUACAGAGAAUGGAAUACUAUACAGGGAUAUCAUUCUCAAAAGAGGUGGCUCCAGAGAGAUUAUGGACAACUUGGAAGAGUUAUUAGGCCGCAAACCUAAUUCGGAUGCGUUUUUACAGGAAAUUUUUGGUUAA